AUGGAAAGGAUCCAUCAAAUACCAGAAACCCUGGAAACUGAACAGGAACCUGAACUCAGCUGUGUGUCUGUGAAGAGUGAUCGGUCAAAGGAAGCCAUCAUUGUUUUCCAAGGAAGUGGAUCCCCUUCAGAUGAUGAACCAGAUUCCUCUGGUCCUAAACCUGGACUUAGCUCCAACUACAUGAGGAAGAGGAAGGGACACAUCAUAAACCAGAUGUCCCUGAACCUGAACUUGAAGCUGAACCCAGCUGGGCUGGAGGACAACAUUGUCACGUUUGUGAAGAAUGAGCUAAAGAAAAUGCAAAAUUAUCUAAAUCCAGAAUCCCCUGAAAAUCAGAGAGAAGAUCAGAAAAUGUUGGACAGUGAAGACGAGGAGCAGAUGAGGAUCAUUGGAGAGGCACUUCUGCAGAUCACAGUUUAUUUCCUGAGGACAAUGAAACUGGAAUAUCUGGCUGCCUGUCUGGAGAACAAAAAUCCUUAUUCAGGUUGUAGGUGUGAGCUUAAGUCUAACCUAAAGAAGAAGUUUGAGUGUGUGUUUGAGGGGAUCGCUAAACCAGGAAACGCAACCAUUCUGAAUGAGAUCUACACAGAGCUCUACAUCACAGAGGGAGGGACCGGAGAGGUCAACACUGAACAUGAGGUCAGACAGAUUGAAAUGUUUUCUUGGAAACCAGAAAGACCAGAAACAACAAUCAGGUGUGAAGACAUCUUGAAAGUCUCAACUAAAAGAGACAAACCAAUCAGAACAGUUCUGACCAAAGGAGUGGCUGGCAUCGGGAAAACAUUCCUGACACAAAAGCUAACUCUGGACUGGGCUGAAGACAAGACCAACCAGGACAUCCAGUUCAUGUUUCCAUUCACAUUCAGAGAGCUGAAUUUACUGAAGGAUAAAAAGUUCAGCUUAGUGGGACUUAUUCAUCACUUCUUCACUGAAACCAAAGAAGCAGGAAUCUGCAACUUUAAAAAGUUCAAAGUUGUGUUCAUCUUUGAUGGUCUGGAUGAGUGUCGACUUCCUCUGAACUUCCACAUCACUGAGAUCCUCACUGAUGUUACAGAGUCCACAUCAGUGGAUGUGCUGCUGACAAACCUCAUCAGGGGAAAGUUGCUUCCUUCUGCUCACAUCUGGAUAACCACACGACCUGCAGCAGCCAAUCAGAUCCCUGCUGAGUAUAUAGACAUGGUUACAGAGGUCAGAGGGUUCACUGACCCAAAGAAGGAAGAGUAUUUCAGGAAGAGACUCAGAGACAAGGAAGAGGCCAACACCAUAAUUUCUCACAUCAAGACAUCACGAAGCCUCCACAUCAUGUGUCACAUCCCAAUCUUCUGCUGGAUCACUGCUACAGUUCUAGAGAGUGUGUUAAAAACCAAACAGGAUGGAGGAAAGCUGCCCAAGACACUGACUGAGAUGUACAUUCACUUCCUGGUGGUUCAGACCAAAGUGAAGAACAUCAAGCAUGAUGAAAGAGCUGAGACAGAUCCUCUCUGGAGUCCAGAGAGUAAGAAGAUGAUUGAAGCACUGGGGAAACUGGCUUUUGAGCAAAUGCAUAAAGGAAACCUGAUCUUCUAUGAAUCAGACCUGACAGAGUGUGGGAUUAAUGUCAGAGAGGCCUCAGUGUACUCAGGAGUGUUCACACAGAUCUUUAAAGAGGAGGGAGGGCUGUACCAAGAAAAGGUUUACUGUUUUGUCCAUUUGAGCAUUCAGGAGUUUUUAGCUGCUCUUUCUGUCCAUUUGACAUUCACCAACUCUGGUAUCAACCUGCUGGAAAAGGAACAAAUGGCCUCAGUGCAGAUUAAUGAGUUUUUAGUAAGACAGUUCUACCAGAGUGCUGUGGACAAGGCCUUGAAGAGUCCAAAUGGACAUCUGGACUUGUUUCUUCGCUUCCUCCUUGGUCUUUCACUGCAGACCAAUCAGGAUCUCCUACAAGGCCUCCACACACAAAAAGGAAUCAGCUCACAGAUAAAUCAGGAUAUGGUCAAGUAUGUUAAAGAAAGGAUGAAUGAUACUUUCUCUCCAGAGAAAAGCAUCAAUCUGCUCCACUGUUUGAAUGAACUGAAUGAUGACUCUAUAGUGAAGGAGGUCCAGCAUCACCUGAGUUCAGGACACCUGUCUAAAGUUGAUCUCUCUCCUGCUCAGUGGUCAGCUCUGGUCUUCAUCUUACUGUCAUCAGAAGCAGAUCUGGAUGAAUUUGACUUGAGGAAAUACUCAGCUGCAGAAGAGGCUCUUCUGCAGCUGCUGCCAGUGGUCAAAGCCUGCAGGAAAUCCCAGUUGAGUGGUUGUAACCUCACAGAGAGCAGCUGUGAAGCUCUUUCCUCAAUUCUAAGUUCCCAGUCCUCCACACUGAGAGAGCUGGACAUGAGUAACAACAACCUCCAGGACUCAGGAGUGAAGCUGCUUUGUGUUGGACUUGGGAGUCCACACUGUAUGCUGGAAACUCUCAGGCUGUCAGGCUGUCAGAUCACAGGAACUGGCUUCACCUUCACCUCUCUGGCCACAGCUCUGCGCUCCAAUCCCUCCUAUUUGAAAGAGUUGGAGUUGAGCUAUAAUCAUCCAGGAGACUCAGAAAUGAAGCUUUUGUCUGAUCAAAGAUCUGAAAACUGCUGUUCACAAACGCUGUCCAGCUAA